UCACUGGAACUGCGCAUCCUUGUUUCAAGAUUUCAAGGGACAACGGCAAAGUGCAAGAGACGACAGACGCGCGAAGAUGACGGAAAGAGCAGUUACUCGGUGCUGGUUCCUUGGGACUCUUGCCCAGAGCACACUACUUGCACAAUUCUCCGUCUCGGCGAAACCAGCAAGCAGUCUUUCCUGCCCCAACCAACCCCCCUCCCACACCCCCCCGCGGUCGAUUGAGGGUGUCGAUUGGGGGCCAGACUGGCCACAAAUCAAAAGUAGAGGCGCUCGGACAGGAACACCAAAACUCCGACUUUUUCUUUAAUUUAAUUCAAUUUUAUAAGGAAUUAAUAUAAUUUAAUACUUGCUUAAUUUUAUUAUAGCGCUAAUUAAG